AUUAUGGGUGGAGUUGUGACGUCACUGUAGUGUUAGAGAAGUGAAACUGGUUUACAGUGUUAGAGGUCUUAACUAAACUAUCUUUCUUAAAUCUAACAACAGAAUAUUUCUUCAGUCAUUGUAAGAGUAAAUUGAACACAGUUGAUAUUCACUCACAGCAAUGUCAUCAUUCAGUACUGCUAUGACUGAAAAGCUUCAAUGUUCAAUCUGUCUGGAUGUGUUCAAUGAUCCAGUCAGCACUCCAUGUGGACACAACUUCUGCAAGAUCUGUCUGAAUACAUACUGGGACAACAGGGAGAACUGCAGCUGUCCAAACUGUAGAGAAACAUUCAAGCAAAGACCUGAACUCAAGAUUAAUACAACACUCAAAGAUCUUGUGGAUGAACAUAAGAAGAAAACUGCAGAGAAACCUGAAGUCCUCUGUGACAUCUGUGAGGAAGUAAAACUGAAAGCUGUGAAGUCCUGUCUGGUGUGUCAGAGCUCUUACUGUGAAACUCAUCUGGUUCCUCAUAUGAGAGUCACAGGUUUACAGAAACACAAACUGAUCGAUCCUGUGAAUAAUCUGCUGGAUUUUAUAUGUCAGAAACAUGAGAGACCUCUGGAGUUCUUCUGUAGAGAUGAUCAGACAUGUGUGUGUCUCAGAUGUACUGUCACAGAUCACAAGAAUCAUGACUUUGUUUCUGUAAAGGAAGAGAGUGAAGAGAAAAAGGUUCAGCUGCAGCAGAAGAUCCAGGACGGAAUCAAGAAGAUUCAAGAUAUCAAACAUUCAGCAGAACUCAGAAGAAUUAACACAGAGAAGGAGAAAGCAGCCAGCGUGGAGAUCUUCACUGAUUUCAUCAGAUCCAUUGAGAGAAGUCAGUCUGAAAUGAUGAAGAUGAUGGAGGAGAAGCAGAAAGCAGCAGAGAAACAGGAUGAAGAUCUCAUUAAAGAUCUGGAGCAGGAGAUCACUGAGCUGAAGAGAAGAAACACUGAGCUGGAGAAGAUCACAAACACUGAAGAUCAUCUACACAUCAUACAGAUUCACUCAUCCAUCUGUAGGCCUUUAAACAUCAAGAACUGGCCUGAGAUCAGUAUGAAGACUCAUGUGAGUGUGGAGGAGAUGAGGAGAUCUCUGACUAAACUGCAGGAGACUCUAAAUGAGAAACUUGGUAAAGCUGAGUUUAAGUGGAUGCAGCAGUAUGCAGUGGAUGUGACUCUGGAUCCUGAUACAGCUCAUCCAUUUCUCAUCCUGUCUGAUGAUAACAAACAAGUGAGACAAGGAGUCAUAAAGCUUAAACUCCCAGACAACCCAAAGAGAUUUAGAAAUUAUGGCAUUAUCUUGGGAGAGCAGGGAUUUUCAUCAAGUAGAUUAUAUUUUGAGGUUCAGGUGAAGGGAAAGACUGACUGGCAAUUAGGUGUGGCCAGAGAAUCUGUUAACAGAAAGGAAAAGGCCGCACUGACACCAGCGAAUGGAUUCUGGACUGUGACCAUGAGGAAUGAGAAUGAAUAUAUAGCUUGUGCUGAUCCUGAUGUUUCCCUGUCUCUGAAAGUGAUACCACAGAAGGUGGGUGUGUUUGUGGAUUAUGAGGAGGGUUUGGUCUCCUUUUAUGAUGUGGAGUCCAGAUCUCAUAUCUACUCUUUCACUGGUCAAUCUUUCAAUGAGAAACUCUAUCCAUAUUUUAGACCAUGUAACGAUAAUAAAGGUAAAAACUCAACCCCACUGAUCAUCACACCUGUUAAUAACAAUCAAUAAAUUUACCAAUCAAAAGUAGAAUACUAUGAUAGUAAUACUUUCUAUAAUUAAUGAUUGGUGUGUUAACUGUGGGAUUUGAUUUUGUUUAACUAAUGAAUGCAUUUAACCAAUUCAUGAACAAUGGAGUAUUGUUGUGUUGUUGAAUAAUUAUGUUUUACAUAUUUACUGCCUACAUUUCAUGCUGAUUGCUAAAAGUGUUAAAGUUACAAAGAUGUCCAAAUAAGGACUGUGGAAAUUGAGUUUGUUCCAUUUUAUAUUUCUUUAAUUAAUCAUUUUAUUCUAUAAACAUUGUGUGUUUCAUAUAUGCACUGAGCUAUUAUGUAAAAAUGAGGUGUUUGUGUUUGAGAGUGGAAAGUUACCAGCUUUUGUGUGUGUGUAAGAAGCUUCAAGGAGGAUUAGCGAGGAAUUUACGUCUGGAAACUGUUAAGAUAAGAGAGAGGCCUGAGGGAGAAAAGUGAACAGGCAACCAUAUUAACCAAUGCUUUAAUAUUCACAGGAUAAAAUAUGCCAUGUAUUUCUUACUUAAUCAGUAUUAAUCAUUGAAUAAUUGAUGUAAUAAAGAUAAGAUGUUGUCUUUGAUAAAUGUGUAUUAACCAAUGAAAUGAAGGUUGCAUAUAGAAUAAUUUAAUGGGGGCAUGGCAGCUCAACCUUGAAGAACAGAAUCUCCUGUGCUUGUUGUGUGUGUUUUCUUCCCUAACAGAUGGUUUUUAAUAAUGAUUAAAGUGUUUGCUUAGAAGUAGUAUUGCAGUAAAAGAUUUAAUAUGUGUUUAUCUAUCUAAAGAAGUUAAUGUGUGCCUUAUUCAUAUAACCAAUUUUACGAAUAAUGAAAUGAUGUCAUGAUAUUGAAAUAUGUUUUACAUAAUAAUCACUUUCAUCUUACAGCUUAUGUUUUUUAUAAAUAAAUGUUUUAUUAAUGAUUUGUUUUUAAGAAAGCAUUAUAACAUGCUAUGUGAAGUGGAGGAGUACUGGGGAGAAAGUGACGGACUGCAUGGCUCUCAGGGAUGAGAGGAGAACAGUUUGUUUCUUCUUUGUCUGUGUGUGUGAGAUAUGCAAUCCCCUCAGGAAUGUGGUGAUGGAAUCUGAUAAGGAGAAUAGCCAGCUGGGGGAGGAGGAUUCUGAAGAAAGAACGGCGAUAAAUACUCAUGUUUUUGUUCUGAGCUGUGAGUUUUGUCAAAUCCUGCUGUAGGAUUUGGGACACUCCGGCAUGCUGUAACUUUUUCAUAUCUGAUCAAUAAAUAUUCAAUUUAGA